GGGAUGUAUAAAAGUAUCAUGGUAAUUGGGAUCUCUCAUCAGUCAGUUUUGCAAAGUGAUUCGUGACAGUGAAUAAAAGUUCCCCUAAUCAUGUCAUCGAGUGUCCUAUUCCAGUGUCUCGAUGCCCUCUAUACUCGACCCAAGGAGACUGUCUUGACUCCUAAGAAAAUCUCUGGAGAUCGAUUGUGUCAAUUCAAAGUGUCUGAACAAUUUCUCCCUGAAAAAUACUACAAAUACGGAAAAGAAUUGCUCAAUCACUACCAUAAAGUUCAACCGAAUGCAAUUGUAAUUGAGGUUAAGGACUUAAACAAAGUCCCUAAUCUCGAAUUCACCAAACCCAUUCUUUAUGAUGAAAUCUUCUCAAUCUACAUCCCUGUACAUCGAGAAAUUGCGGUCAAACUCACUGAAAUGUUCAUGGCAUGUCCAACAGUUGAUGAACUAAUCUCAACUAUUGUCUACUGCCACGAAAGGGUCAACCCCUACCUCUUCAAUUGGGCACUGACCACCACCGUGAUCAAUCGUAAAGAAACCUCAGACUACGUCUUUCCCGUAACUCCAGCAAUCUUUCCUGAAAAAUUCUUCGAUGGCAAACUACAUAUGAACGCUCGGGAAGCCCUAACACUAGUUCCCCAGGAAGAUCGGGUCCCUGUAGAAAUCCCACCCAAUUUCACAGCAACUCUAUUUGACUUUGAACAACGCUGUGCCUACUUCCGUGAAGAUAUCGGUCUCAAUUUCUUCUACCACACCUACAAUUUGACCCUUCCAUUUGCCGGACCCUUUGGGGUCGUAGCCAAGAAGCGUCGUGGUGAGGUAUUCUACUACAUCCAUCAGCAAAUCCUAGCUAGGUACAACUUUGAAAGACUCUGCAAUGGACUGCAUCGCGUUAAGAGGCUCAAUAACUUCAAUGUACCGGUCAAGGAAGGAUACUUCCCAAAACUAAACACCACAAUUGCCAGUCGCAACUACCCAGCUAGAUUUGAAGAUACCGUCCUGUGUGAUUUGGACAGAGAAGAGGAUUACCUCGUUGUAGAUCUUUCUGCACUGAGCAGAUGGAGGGAUCGAAUUCUAGAAGCUUGCGAUCGUGGAUAUGCUAUUACGCACGACAACACCAAAGUUGAUUUAAAUAACGAACUCGGCAUUGACUGCCUCGGAAAUAUGAUCCAGUCAUCCCUACUAUCUCCGAAUCAAGACUACUACGGAGACCUAGCCAACAUGGGUCAUUUGUUCCUUGGAUUUUGCCACGAUCCCGAUGGUAGGAAUCUGGAAGGAUUUGGCGUAAUUGCUGAUCCCGCCACAGCUUGCAGAGAUCCCGCAUUCUACCGGUGGUACGCCCUAAUCAUUGACAUUUGCAACCACCACAAAUCAUACUUGAAACCCUACACUCAUGCUCAACUUUGCUAUCCUGGAGUCAAAAUUAACCAUGUUGAGACCUUCAUUCUGUCUGAGAAGGAAGCCCCUGUUAAGAAUGAGCUACAUACUUUCUGGGAAAAGAGUGAUUAUGAUAUCUGUGGAGGAUUGGACUUUUCACCACAAAAUCCAGUUUACGUGAGAACAACAAAUCUCCAACACAAAGUAUUCAGCUACAAGAUCGAUGUGGAAAAUUCUGGAGCUGAUUGUGUUGGAUACGUCGUUAUAUACUUAGCACCAAAGUAUGAUGAGCACAAUAACCGUUUCUUCUUCAAUGAUCAGAGGGAUUUCUUUGUCUCAAUGGACUACUUCAAGGUUGCUCUACGUCCCGGAAAGAAUACAAUUAUUCGCAGAUCUAAUGAGGCUGUUAUCGCAGACUACAUGAAGUUUAUCAUUAACAAUACCUUCAAGACCAGUUCAGGUAGCAUGAAUGCCAACUGCACAGGACGUGGCUGGCCACAGAAUCUUCUCGUGCCAAAGGGUAAUACCGCCGGAUUUGAAUGCGAUCUCUUUGUGAUGGUUAGCAAAGAGGACUUCCAACCAAAUAGCGUAGGAUUAAAUCUAGGCUUCCCCUUCGAUCGUAAAGCAUCCUCCCAUGUGCUCUAUCUCAAAGAUUUCCUCUUUGAGAAUAUGUGCACUCAAGAUGUAAAGAUUCGUUUCAUGGAUCAAACGGUUGAUCGAACAGGAGGAACCCCAUCCAAACCCUUCCAACAGUAAAGGAGCAUUUGAUGAAACUUUAUGUAUUUCAAGCAAUUAAAAGCGUGAUGAUUUAACAGAAAA